AUCUAACUUUUUUUUCCCUAUAUAAAGCAAACACCAACAUAAACCCAACACUCACGAUUCACACCAAACCACACAACCAACGAAGUACCGAAAAACCAAAGAACGAUGAGUCCUCAUGCUUUGGACAAUAACAUGAAUGCCCUUGAUAGCUUUGUGCUCUCCGAAACACCGCCGCCGUUUCAUGAUGCUUUCACAUCGAUUUCUUCGGCGGCGGUGUUCGGCCAGAGCUCGAGCUUUCAAGACAUUUUCUUGGCAGAGAACUGGGCGGAACUGCCGCUGAAGGAGGACGACACCGAUGACAUGGUCAUCUACGGCGCAUUGCGGGAGGCCGCCACCACCGGAUGGUCUCCCACCAAUGAGAAUAGGGUGAGUAAAGUUGAUGUAGCUGUGAAAAUGGAAAAUGGGAGUAAAAAUAGUGACAUUGCAACCGUGAGUGGCACUCACGCGCCUCCUAGAAGAGGGUGGAGCUACCGUGGCGUGCGGCGGAGGCCGUGGGGAAAGUUUGCGGCAGAGAUAAGAGAUGUUAAGAGGAAUGGUGUAAGGAUAUGGCUUGGUACUUAUGAAACUUCUGAGGAUGCUGCUUUAGCUUAUGAUCGAGCCGCGUUUAAGAUGCACGGCUCGAAAGUUAAGUUGAAUUUUCCUCAUUUAAUCGGCUCAGAUCAUGCUGAGCCGGUUAAAGUUACAAUGAAGAAACGUUCAUUGGAUAUUUCUUCCUUGCGUCCAUCCUCGUCUACGGUGGCCUCAAAGCGUAGUAAGGAUGGCUCUUUGGUGGAUUUGGAGCUAAAUCACUCAAAUGUGUGGCAGUUUUCCUUAGGCUCUAUAUGGCAAUAAUAACAAGGAAUGUAUGCACGAAAAUGUGUUAUUUUCUUCCCCAUUGUUAUGGUAUUGCAAAAUGUGAUGAUAUAUUGUGAUAGGAAUAUGAAUAGUGUUGUUUUUCAUGAUAAUGAUAAUAAAGAGAAAUGUAACAAAUUUAUGGAGGAAUUUCAUGUUAUUAAUUUAAUUA